UUUUUUUUUCUCUUCCUUUUUUUUAUUUUUUAUUUUUUUUAAAUCUUUAAACAAAAAAAAUUUCAACGGCCGACGGGUGGUGACGUGCACAGGGACUCAGCUUCCCUCCCCUGUUUGUCUCGUGUCCUUUCAGAUCUCACUCUUCUCCUUCGCUGAUCUGUGAUAUUGCUUUUCCAACAAUGGCUGCUCCACCUGCAAGAGCUCGAGCCGACUACGAUUACCUCAUAAAGCUCCUUCUGAUCGGCGAUAGCGGUGUGGGUAAAAGUUGCCUUCUUUUACGUUUCUCUGAUGGUUCCUUUACAACUAGUUUUAUUACAACCAUUGGCAUUGAUUUUAAGAUAAGAACUAUAGAGCUUGACGGAAAACGAAUCAAGUUGCAAAUCUGGGAUACUGCUGGUCAGGAGCGUUUUCGAACUAUUACAACUGCUUACUAUCGUGGAGCCAUGGGUAUUUUGCUUGUGUAUGAUGUCACUGAUGAGUCAUCUUUCAACAACAUCAGGAAUUGGAUACGUAACAUAGAACAGCAUGCUUCUGAUAAUGUUAACAAGAUCCUUGUGGGAAACAAGGCUGACAUGGAUGAAAGCAAAAGGGCUGUACCCACCUCAAAGGGCCAAGCUCUUGCUGAUGAAUAUGGCAUUAAGUUCUUUGAGACUAGUGCAAAGACAAAUUUAAAUGUGGAGGAGGUUUUCUUUUCAAUAGCUAGGGAUAUCAAGCAAAGGCUUGCAGAUACUGACUCGAGGACUGAGCCUCAGACAAUCAGGAUUAACCAACCAGACCAGGGAGCAGGGGCUGCUCAAGCAACUCAAAGAUCAGCUUGUUGCGGUUCUUAAACAAACCAUUUGGAAAAUGAAGAUAAUGGGUAACUUCUCAAGGCAACCAUUUUGGUGGGAAAAAACUGAUUUUGCUACAACUAUGUCAGUGGUGCUUAUAUUGUUUCCGCUAUCAUUAUUUUACAGUUUGUCAGUUACUGCUCAUUUGGGUGUGAAAGGUAGAUCCUCAUAUUCUGAAAAAUUAAUUAUAUAUUAGUUGAUUUUCCCUGAAA